AACGUGCUUCUUCCUCUGCUUGCAAAGUUUCCAGAGAAAGGCGCUGCCUUAGAGCGAGCGAGUGUAUUCUGGCGGUCUGGCACCACCUCGGUUCCGCUCCAUCAGCUCCCUGUCACAUUACUAUUAUUAGUUGAUUGCUCUCCAUGUGCCAUAAAACGACCUCAGACCCGACCACCGCAGGUAUAAAACUCGCCGCUGGCAGGGCAUGAACUAGUGACGGCGGAGCGCUCUGUGCGGGGCAGCGUUUCUGGCCAGCUCUGCUUUGGGGCCGGGAGGCGAGCGCGGAGGUUUGCGCAACCUACGCCGGAGCGGCGGCCGCAGCCAAGGGGCGCUCCGCAGCCGUCAGCCCGCCCGCCGGGACCACGACGAGCCGCAGCUGCGGGGCAGCGUUCACAGGUAGAAACUGAAAGCAAUCUUAAACAUACCAGGUGCAGAGCACAAUACAGUAGCCAUGAAUGACAUUGCACAGAAAACUGAGAUUCUACUCUCUUCAUCUAAACCCGUCCAAAAAUCCUAUGUGCCCAAGCUUCACAAAGGUGAUGUAAAGGAUAAAUUUGAAGCUAUGCAGAAAGCAAGGGAAGAAAGAAAUCAAAGGAGAUCUAGAGAUGAAAAGCAAAGAAGAAAAGAACAAUAUGUUAGAGAGAGAGAAUGGAACAGGAGGAAGCAGGAGAUGAAAGAACUGCUUGGAUCUGAUGAAGAUGAAGAAGCAAAAUCAUCUAAAAUAGAAAAAGGUUAUGUUCCAAAGCUAAUAGGAACAGUUAAAGGCAAGUUUGCAGAAAUGGAGAAACAAAGGCAAGAAGAAGAAAGAAAAAGAACAGAAGAAGAAAGAAAGCGCAGAAUUGAACAAGAUAUGAUUGAGAAAAGAAAAAUUCAAAGAGAAUUGGCAAAAAAAGCACAGGAGAUUGAUGACUUUAACAAUACGGGAACUGAAUCAGCAGCUGAGGAAGGGGAUGAUUCACUGCUGGUUACAGUAGUGCCUGUAAAAUCUGCCAAAACACCUGGGAAGAUGAAAAUAAACUUUCAGAACACUGGAAAGGAGAGCACAGAACAAAGAGAGAGACCAGAUGAAGAAACCAAGCUAAAAUAUGAUGAACAAAACCAAUUUCUUAAGGAAUUUGUCAUGGGUGAAAAUGAAAGCAAUAAAACACAAGAGCCUCUGUCUCCUGGUAAGCUCAAACUAACAUUUGAAGAACUUGAAAGGCAAAGACAGGAAAAUCAGAGGCGACAAGCAGAGGAAGAAGCAAGACAGCGCUUAGAAGAGGAGAAACGUGCCUUUGAAGAAGCUAGACAGCAAAUGAUAAAUGAAGGUGAUGAUGAAGAAUCUGAAAAUUCUGUUAAAGAGUUCCGUCCUGGUAAACUUAGACUUAGCUUUGAGGAGAUAGAAAGACAGAGGAGAGAAGAAGAAAAGAGGAAAGCAGAAGAAGAUGCAAGACGACGCAUGGAAGAGGAGAAGAGAGCAUUUGCUGAAGCAAGGAAGAACAUGCAGGUGCUGGAUGACGAAUCACCAGAAAUGUUUAAAACAAUUUCCCAAGAGUCUCUCAUACCUGGUAAAUUGGAAAUUAAUUUUGAGGAGUUACUGAGACAAAAAAUGGAAGAAGAAAAGAGACGUGCGGAAGAAGAGCGUAGGCAAAAGUUGGAAAUGGAAAAGCAAGAAUUUCAACAGUUGAGACAAGAAAUGGGAGAGCUGGAAGAAGAGUCUGAAACUUUUGAACUAAGUAAAGAGUAUGAAGAAUUAAUAAAGUUAAAAAGAAGUGGUUCUAUUCAGGCAAAGAACUUAAAAAGCAAGUUUGAAAAAAUAGGACAAUUGUCACAAGAAGAAAUACAAAAGAAGAUUGAAGAAGAGCGAGCUAAAAGAAGAGCAAUAGAUGAAGAAAUAAGAGAACGGGAAGCUGAACAUUUUCAUGAAGAUGAUGAGGUAGAUGUGAAACCAGCCAAGAAAUCUGAGGCUCCAUUUACUCAUAAAGUAAACAUGAAGGCCCGUUUUGAGCAAAUGGCAAGAGCCAGGGAGGAAGAGGAGCAGAGGAGAAUCGAAGAACAGAAAUUACUACGCAUGCAGUUUGAACAAAAAGAAAUUGAUGCUGCAUUACAGAAGAAACGGGAAGAGGAAGAAGAGGAGGAAGGAAGCAUUAUCAAUGGUUCUACUUGUGAAGAUGAGGAGGAUCAAGCUCGUUCUGGAGCUCCCUGGUUCAAGAAAUCACUGAAAAACACAUCAGUUGUUGAUGGCGAGCCAGUGAGGUUUACAGUUAAAAUUACUGGAGAACCAAAACCUGAAGUUACAUGGUGGUUUGAGGGGGAAAUGUUGCAGGACUCUGAGGACUACCAGUAUAUUGAAAGAGGAGAAACCUAUUGCCUAUACUUGCCAGAAACCUUCCCAGAAGAUGAAGGGGAAUAUAUGUGUAAAGCAGUCAACAACAGAGGCACAUCUGCUAGCACCUGUAUUCUCACCAUUGAAACUGAUGACUACUAAUGCUCUACUUAAGCUGGAAUCUUUCUUCCCCUCAUUACUUUCUUAUUGCAUCAUCUCUUUCUCUCAUGGGGCCAACUAAAGAAAGCAAGGACAUGCAUUGAUUUGUCAUUCCUGCAUCAGAUAAGAAUAACCUUCUAAUUGUGAGUGUUCAGGUGCCUUGCUCAGUGCAAAGAAUCACUAUUAAAGGCUAAAAAGCAAUCAAUGUAUGAAGUAUCAAGUAAAGGAAAAGCUGAAUUAUAACAGUGCUCCCACAUUUGAAGACCAACUGUUGUGUAAUAGUGUAAAGCUAAAUACACAAUCUGGAAACUUAAGUAGUAGUGUAAAUCUGCUAGUACAUUUUGCAUGAACACUAAACAUUUAAGCUGUUUUACUUAUACCAGAGGCAUUGAACUGGCAAAAGAAAAUACUUGAUGAUUUUCAAAAACUCCAGUGCACUAUUUUUGAAUAAAAGAUUACAUAACUGCUCACUUCUGUUUUGUUACAAAGAGCAUCAGUUAGUUUUAAAAUUGGUUUGCAUUUUAAACUGUUAUGCUCUUCUCAACCUAUGCAGCUGAUAAAUCAAAAGGAAACAUCUCAGUAAGGCCUACUGUGGUCUUUAGAAGUUUUACAAGCAAAUGUUGGUACUAUAAUUUUUCAUUGCUUAAAUGAUACAGGAACAUUUGGGGGCAAAAUAUGAGCCUAUCAUAGCUAAGUUGGUAGGAAGUAAGCUCUAAGAAAAAUACUUUCAGAAAGUGCCUAACUUGUCAAUCUUUGUGCUCUCUUUAUGAAAUAAAUUUACUGCUGCAUCUCAAAACA